AUGACACCGACGGAGCUACCAGACGAGGACUUUAUGACGAAUCCUUCGCUGGCCAUGGACGCUUGUUUCACCGCUUUCGACAAGGAUGGAGACGAUCGGCUUUCGCUGAACGAGUUCACGCUCAUCUGCCGGGCGCUGUUCCGCAACGAUAAAGGUCACAUCUACGUGGUGCCAUCGGACCGGCUCGAACAGAUGUUCGCCGUGUUCGACAAGAACGAGGACGGCUACAUCGACCGGGAGGAGUUUCAGUUCUGCUGGAACCAGUGGAUCAAAACGAUUGUGCGCCCGAUCAGCUCGUUUCUCAUAGUGGACGUCCAGAAUGACUUCAUCAGCGGUUCGCUCAACAUUAGCAACUGCAGCGCGCAACAGAACGGGCUCGAGGUCAUCGAGCCCAUCAAUAAGCUGCUGGAUUCGGUCGAUUUCGAUGCGGUGUUCUAUUCGCUGGAUUGGCACCCGAGCGAUCACGUUUCCUUCAUCGACAACAUCAAACAGCGUCCGAUCCAUCCGACCAGCCCGCUGAAUGCGGACAACGCGCAGGUGUACGAUACGGUCAUCUUUACCGGACCACCGCCGAUGAAGCAGCGUCUGUGGCCACGCCACUGUGUGCAGGAUUCGUGGGGUUCCGAGCUGCACAAGGAUCUGAAGGUGCUCGAACACGGCGUGAAGGUGUACAAAGGCACCAACCCGGAGGUGGACUCGUACUCGGUGUUUUGGGACAACAAGAAACUUUCGGACACGACGCUGUGCGCGCAGCUGCGGCUCAAGGGAGCGACCGACAUCUACGUGUGUGGGCUCGCGUACGACGUGUGCGUUGGUGCAACGGCCAUCGAUGCGCUGUCGGCCGGUUACCGGACCAUCCUGAUCGACGACUGCUGCCGGGGGGUCGAUCUGAACGACAUCGAGAGCACCAAGCAGACGGUGAUUUCGAGCAAUGGCGUCAUCGUUUCAUCCCGCGAGGUCAAAGCCAUGGUCGAGGGACGCGAUCGCCGCCCGGAGCUGGGCUAUAAGCUCGCGAUGGAGCUGAAGAACUCCGAAUCGGACCUGUCGAAGAACAACGCCUGCCGGAGACAGUCCCAGCACCAGCAGCAACAGCAGCAGCAGCAACCCUCGCAGUAA